GUAACAAUAACAAAAAAUUAAAUUAUCGCGCGGCUGCUAACGAACAAAUAAUUAUUUCAAAUGACCUUGCAAAUUAGUAAAUUACCGUGAUUGAUUCAAUGAACCAUUGAAUAUGGCUAAGCAGUCUCUGGCUAAAAACAAGAGGAAAUUAAUUACUCCAGUUUUUCAUUUACAAACCAAAGAUGAAGAGGAAAAAAUUCUCACUAAAGUAAUAAUCAAAACAGUCAGGAAAACUGGUAGUUUGAAUUUAUCUGGACGUAGCCUGACGACUGUACCUUCAAGGAUUUUCAAAAUUUAUGAAUUCACUGAUGAAGAUUACACAGAUCAUGUAGAUUUCAGUAGGAAUUCCGAUGAAAAUGAGGAUUCGUGGUGGAAUUUCAAACCCCUGAACUAUUUAGAUUUCAGUUCAAAUCAGUUGCAAGAGAUACCAUCCGAGAUUGGGAUGUUUGAAAGCUUGGAAAUUUUCAUUUUGCAGGAUAAUAAUAUAAUAUCGUUACCUUCAAAUAUAGGCAACUUGAAGAGGUUGAAGAAAUUGAAUUUGUCUAGAAAUAAGUUGAAGGAAUUACCAGAUGAAUUUUUCAAUUUGGUUGAAUUAGAAUGGGUUUCUCUGGCUCAUAAUUUCUUGGAAAAGAUUGAUAAGAAACUAUCCGAUAUGGUUAUGUUAAGACACUUGGAUUUGUCUCAUAAUUGUUUAUCAAAAUUACCCGCAGGACUUGGUUUUUUGGUUCGAUUAACUGAUUUAGAUGUCUCUAAUAAUAAACUAAUACAAUUACCACCUGACAUAGUCAACAUGAGAGGUUUGAGGAAGUUGGAUGUUACCCAUAAUGAAUUGAAAUUUUUACCAAGAAUUGGCGAAAUGAGAAGGCUAGAACUACUAUUUGCUCAGCACAAUAAUAUUGAGGAGUUGCCAGAUUUUGAAGGUUCUGAAUGUGUACAAGAGAUUUAUUUGGGAAACAAUUAUAUCAAGACAGUUCCCCCUGCUUUUUGUGAGAGUCUUCAUCAUUUGAAAAUUUUGGAUCUAAGGGAUAAUAAAAUUGAAGAAUUGCCAAGCAAUGCUGGUAGCCUACAAAGUUUAAUCAGGCUAGAUCUUACUAAUAAUGAUCUUGAUUCCCUUCCAAGUUCUCUUUGUCUGUUGGCUCAUCUUCAAAAUCUGCAGCUAGAAGGCAACAAACUGAAAAAAAUCAGAAAUGAUGUUAUAAAAGCUGGUACUCUGAGAAUAAUGAAGCAUCUUCGAGAAAACAUGUUGGCUGAAGAAAUCAAAGAUUUGAAUCUAUCUGAGGAUUCAAUUUUCAUACCUCAAGCACAGUUUCCGGACAAGUUUGCCAUGAGGAAUGCACAUACAUUGAAUCUUUCAAUGAAAGAACUCAAAACUGUUCCUGAAGAGGUAUUCAAGGAUGCUCAGUGGGCUGAGGUUUCAUGUGUUGACUUAUGCAGAAACAAAUUUUCGGAAUUUCCAACGGGCUUAAUCUUCACAAAAGAUCAUUUGAAGGAACUCAAUAUGUCCAUAAACAUGAUUAGAGAGGUACCUCAUUUUAUUGGAGAUUUUUCCCAUCUUAUGUACUUGAAUUUGGCCAGCAACAAACUGACCGAUUUACCUCUCACUUUGAGUUCUUUGGUCUACAUGAGGGAAUUGGUUUUGACAAAUAAUGGCUUUUUAGAUUUGCCGAAUUGUGUUUAUGAGUUGAAAGGUUUGGAAAUAUUACUUGCUAAUGACAAUAAAUUAUCCGCAAUAAAUGUAGAAGGAUUCAAGAAGCUGACCAACCUGGCUGUGUUAGAUUUAUCAAAUAACAGUAUUAAUCAUGUGCCACCUGAAUUGGGACUUCUUAAGCAGCUCAGAAGUUUAGAAAUUCAAGGUAACUUGUUCCGACAACCGAGGUACACUAUUUUAGAGCAAGGGACUGAAUCAAUUCUUGCUUAUUUGAGGGAUAGGAUUCCAACAAAUUGAGAAUGGUUUGUCAAAAUUGUGUGCGAUGUAAAUUUUUUUCUUUUUAUUAAUUUAUUAACUUUUACAUCACUAUUUAUUCUUGCAUAUUCUUAUUUUCUUCAUGGGUUUUUUGAUUUUAUUCUAUAUUUUAUGAGAAAGAUUUUAUUACGUGUAAUUUGUUCACCUGUGAACUAGUCAUAUUAUUGAUAUUUAUGAUUGAAUUAUUAUUAAUGAUAUUUUCAACACAAACCUAAUGAUAUUAGAUAAGCAAUA